GCAUCGGCUCUUAGAACCGGCUCGUUCGCCAACGACACAUCACUAGUUCAAACAGCAGCUGUCCGACCCGGGAGCCGCUCCGACUCAGCCUUUUCCAGACCUUCAGAAGCUACAGUAUGUGGAACGAGAAGAAACAGAGUCCACCUGCCGACCGCGGUCAAGCUGUGGCCCUCGUCUUCUUCAUGCUUGGUCUGGGAACCCUGCUGCCAUGGAACUUCUUCAUCACGGCCUCUCAGUAUUUCAACGAGCGCCUCGCGGGCCCCAACGUCACCUCCAAUGGCACGUCAGGCCCCACAGUUAAAGACUACAACUAUGACAGCUGGAUGGCGCUGCUUUCCCAGCUGCCCCUGCUGCUGUUCACCCUGCUCAACUCUUUCCUGUAUCAGUGGGUGAGGGAGCGCAUCCGGGUGGCCUUCAGCCUGGUCGUCAUCUUCCUCCUCUUCUCCCUCACUGCUGCUCUGGUCCACGUGCCCAUGCAUCCGGACACCUUCUUCUCUGUCACCAUGGCAACCAUCUGGUUCAUCAACACGUGCGGUGCAGUGCUGCAGGGCAGUCUGUUCGGCCUGGUCGGCCUGUUUCCUCCUCGCUACAGCACCCUGUUCAUGAGCGGUCAGGCUCUGGCCGGGAUCUUCGCUGCCAUCGCCAUGCUCUGCUCCAUCUUAAGUAACGCAGAGAAACGCUCGGCUGCGCUGGGAUACUUCAUCACUCCAUGUGUGGCCACUCUGGGCACGCUGCUCUGCUACCUGCUGCUGCCACACCUGGAGUUCUCUCGUUUCUACCUGAACAGGAGUCAGUCGGACAAAGCGCAGCAGGAACUCACAGACAAAAAGCUCCUGAACAGCAAAGACCUGGAGGCCAGCGGCAUGUUCAUCGGCCAGUCGGAGGAGAGUCAGGAGCGGUCGUCUGUCCUGGCCGUGUUCAAACAGAUCUGGCUGAUGGCUCUGUGUGUGACGUCCGUGUUUACCGUCACCCUGUCGGUGUUUCCUGUCAUCACGGUCCGAGUGCAGACCGUCUACAAGGACAACGCGGCUUGGGACAAAGUGUUCACCUGUGUUUGCUGCUUCAUCGUUUUCAACGUCAUGGACUUGGCUGGCCGCAGUGCCCCGUCCCUCGGCCAGUGGCCGUCGAAGAAGAGCCGUCUGUUUCCUGUUGUCGUCUUGUCUCGCCUGAUCUUCAUCCCUCUGAUCAUGAUGUGUAAUGUCGAGAACUCCAAACUCACCGUGCUCUUCAGUCACGACGCCGCCUUCGUCGCCAUCCUCGCUCUGUUCUCCUUCUCCAACGGAUACUUGGCGAGCCUCUGCAUGGCCUACGCUCCGCAGUUGGUGCGGUUUAAAGACUGUGAGACGGCCGGUUCUCUGAUGACCUUCUUCCUGGUUCUGGGUCUGGCUCUGGGAGCGUCACUCUCCUUCCUGCUGGGAAAGCUGGUUUAGACAACUGGGACAGCCUGAAUCUUUGUGGGUCCUUGUUGGCCAACUCGGCCAGUAUCGAACAAGGUGAACCACCACAAAGAAUGAAACAGAGCCAAGUAAAAGCACUUUGUAGUAGGACGCUGUGCCUGCAUGUCCACAAUAGUUGUGGCCCAUGUUGGUAUACCAGUGGAAACACAUCUGCAAUUUUGUAAACCUUAAUUUUUAGUCCCACUACUGAAGAUUAAAAAAAACUUAGACCCCUUAAGAGCUGCAUAUGAAAACCCAUGUUACUAUUUAAUCAACUGUACAUGGAUGAUUGAAGGGAAAAGAUAUUUUUAUAAGACAGUUAAAGAGUUAUUGAAGUCUGCAGGUAGAACUGUGGCUACACACAACUCCUCACAAACUAUUUUGACAUAAAACUGCAGCAACAAAUCAGGAAGUUUGUCCAGUGUACUUAUAUUUCAUAUGACAAAUUAUUAACCUGUGCUUUUAUUAGGUAGGUUUCCUUAAAUAACAUGGAGGUACAUGUUUUUGAUGUAAAAUUUAAAUUCCUGCUUUUAUUCUGAAAACAACACUUUACUGUAGUGCUUGUUGAUCAAAUCUAUAUAAUUUAUCUUUUAAUGUGCUGAACUUUUUGUACUAAUGUAUUUUAUGUCAAACUGCUGGAUGUUUGUAUUUCAGACUCUUUAUUUGUUUGUAACAGUUUUUGAAUCCGUUCAUUUGCUUAUUGCUUAUUUAUAGUUUUGUACCACAAUGAUGUAUUGAUGUAACAGUUUUUUGUUUGUUUUCACAAGUAAAUGUGCAAAAUUGUC